AUGGGAAGAGGGCGAGGGCGGUCGCCGAAGAACACGGUGCCUCUGCCAACAACAUUCCCACUGAGGUCACCUCCAAAACAACAAUCAGAACUGAGAAGCCAUCAAGUAAGCAGUAGUAGAAUAACUGAAGAAGAGAUUCUGGAAAUUGAAACCCUGGAUGAACGUCCUGGUAAACCUAAUCAAGAAGAAAUAGAAACCGCCACUCAAUCGAAUGAUGCCUUACUAGAUGCGGGGCCUAAGAAACCUGAGACUGGAAAACCUAUGCAUGAAGGAGCCUCUGAGGAAGGUCGCAAACUAUGGGUAGAUGUGCUAAAGGAUAAUAGAAAUCCGACGAAGGGCAGAGCGAUGAAAUUCAUCGCACCCCAAGUCGUGAAUGGGAAACUUGAAGUUGUAAUCGAAGAAGAUGAUAUUAUCUCUGAAGUCAAAUUUUGGGAAUCCUCUUUGAUUCUGUAUGCAAUGGGAGUUGACCUAAGCAUGAAUGCGGUUAAGAAUUUCAUGACCAAGAAUUGGAACUUUGUUCAAUUGCCGGAUAUGUAUUACAAUGAUGAAGGUUAUUUUAUCCUUCGAUUUAAGUCAUUCAAGGACCGAGAUGAAGUUUUGCUGAGAGGACCAUACAUGAUAAGAAACAUCCCUCUGCUGAUUCGUGAAUGGAGGCCAGGUUUCAAGGUCAAAGAUGAACUCCUGCGAACUCUACCUAUUUGGGUGAAACUGCCUCAACUACCCAUCAUUCUGUGGGGUGAUACAAGUUUAAACAAGAUAGGAAGUGCUCUUGGAAACUCCAUCAUGACAGAUGAAUGUACGACAAACAGACUCUGA